GCCAAAACUCCUCCUGCAGACACUAUCAUUCUCUGUCACAUAGCCUCUGAAACACCACUGCCUGGAUUCGACCGUCGGAUUACAAAUACACACAAUUUUAAAACCAUUAUAGUCAUAGGAGCGUGGUGCUAAAUUUCGGACACUUAAACAUCCACAGAAUGAACAUCAUCCUUAUCUCCUCAUUGCUGGGUGUCGCUGCAUUUGUUCCAGGAGUUAACACAUCUAAAGAGGCUUUGAAGGUCAGUGUGUCAGUGUGGCCUCCGGGGUCAAGCAUCCAUCUUGGAGAGAGUGUGUUUCUGCAGUGCACAGUGAAGUUCAACUCCAGCUUUGUGCAGCUCUACCGGUGGUUCAGGCACACACCACACACUGCUCUAUCCCUGAACCCCAGGCACCUGGUCUCUGGUGACAGCUACUCCAUCACUGGGGUAACAAGGGAGGACACGGGCAGCUACUGGUGCCAAGCAGAGUGGAGGGAAGGCAACACUACCAUGGUGUUUCUCAGCGAGCCAGCUACACUCGGUGUGUCAGACCAUCCCCCUCCCUCGCUAAUCAUGGUUCCCAGCACAAGGCAGAUCUUUCAAGGAGAGCUUUUCACUCUGCAGUGCCCCAUGUCUCAAAGGAACUCUUCAAGCUGGCUGUUGAAGCACUUCUCUGAGGAUCGUGGGCCAAGGACCACAGAUUUCCACACUGACCGUUGUUCAUCACUAGGAGGUGCUGUUAAUGCCAACAAGUCUGAUGCUUGUGUCUUCUCUGCAGUGAAUGGGAGCUGUGGACUGUACUGGUGUGAGGGUCCUGAGGGGCGCAGCAACACAAUAAACAUCACUGUAAGCUAUGGUGUCAUCAUCUUGAAGACUCCGGCCUCUCCUGUGUCAGAGGGUCACACAGUGGACCUGUACUGUCAAUACAGGACAGUGAACCACAGUCACACCAUGUUCUUUAAAAACAGAGCACACAUCAUCACUAAUACCUCUUCUAGUUCAGAUAAUAUUGUAAAGAUGACUAUUGAGAAUGUGACCAAGGAGGACGAAGGCUAUUACAUGUGUGCAUCUGAGGACAGAAAGAUGGAGAGCGCUGAGAGCUGGUUAUCAGUGAGAAGAAAUGCCUCACUAGAUGUGACAGCAGCCUCCACUAAUGGUACCUGGAAGUGGAUUAUUGUGUCAUGUGGGGUUCUAAUUCUGUUCCUCAUUCCUCUACUUGUUUGGCUCAUUCGUCGCUACAGACACCAGGCCUUUUUCCCCCGUACCUGCUGCCCUGUUUCCAAAGAGGUCUUACCAGCUGUGGCACUACCUGCAACCAAACAAGACAUGACAGAAGUACAAUGGGACCUGUCCUGGAUGGAGAUGUCAAAUCUGUUAGAUAAGCAGCUGUACCCUAGUGCUUAAAAAUUCCCCCUCCAUUCAAUAAAAGUCAAUUUACAAUGUGUGUUUACGAGCCAAAGUUGUGGCAUUUGUGAUUGAAUAUGUACUUUUUACAACUGAUAAUGUGAAAGCCAUCGUUUCAAAUACACAAAAAAGCAAAAGAGCUUGUAUCUCUAAAUGUAUUGUGAAUAUUUCCUUUAGAAAGGAAAAUGGGGGGGGGGGGGGGGUCAUUUGAAUUCUUUUUGUCCCUGGACCUUCACUGCAUACAUCUCUGCUUCUGCAUUAAAUACACUCCUAAGCUUUGACCUUUAGCUCUACACCAGCCCUCCUUUUCUGGUGCUUCUCCCCACAUACACCUGUGUUCAACAUUGGGUUUCCUUUUCUAUAUCCUAUUAUUUGUAUACAAACAGCAGAUGCGCAUUUUAGACUAAGUCUAAGGAACUCUACGACUGUUUCUAAUUUCACAAAGCACUUGUUAGUUUUAGAAUCAUGGAUCCAAAGCUCUUAUAUUUGUCUCAGGAUUAUUGUGAUGAUAUAGUUCACUGUAUGUGUUUUUAAUGUACACUCCUGUAACAAAAAUGCAUAUGCAUACCACCUGCUGAAGGAUUAAAAGUUUACCUUCUUAAAGUGACUUUCUUU